GUCACGGGGCGGGCGCCGCUCCAUCCGGGCCUCCGGGCACCGCCCCUUGGAUGACGCCACAAUCGCGGACGUCUCCUCCGUGACGCAGUCAAACCCGGUCCGUCGCGUUGUGACGUCACAUAGCCCCGGGGCCCCGCCCCCCCAUUUUCUCCGUGGGCGCCUCCCUCCGCUCGCCACAAGGGGCGGGACGUUGCGAUGAAACGGGGGCACAAGCAUAAUUCGGCCCCUGGUGGAGCAGGUGAGGCGGGACCAGGUGGGAUGGCAGAACGCCCCCAGGUUCCAGCCUGUCCCACGCGCCAGCUGGGACGGCUGCAACGCCAUCUUCUGAGCGGCGAGUUCGACCAGCUGCGGGAUUUACCCAUCUUUGAGAGCAACUUCGUGCAGGUGACCCGGUUAGGAGAAGUUGCCAACAAGGUCACCAUGGGGGUGGCAGCCUCCAGUCCUGCCCUGGAACUCCCAGACCUGUUGCUUCUGGCGGGCCCUGCCAAGGAGAACGGACGCCUGCAGCUCUUCGGGCUGUUCCCCUUGCAGUUCGUCCAGCUCUUCGUCCACGACGAAAGCCGCUGGCAACUCAAGGUCAAGUUCCACACCGGCCGCGCCUUCUACCUGCAGCUACGGGCCCCGCCGGAGACCCGCGACCGCGAGUUCGGCCAGUGGGUGCGGCUGCUCUACCGCCUGCGCUUCCAUUCGGCCCAGGGAGCCGUACCUUUCACGCAGGAGUACUCGGCGCUGGAGGACGACGAGGAGGAAGACGAGGACGAGGAUCUGACCCAGCAGGAGGAAGUGAGCGGAGGAGCUUCAAGCCAUGGAAGCCAGACUGGACCCACAGACCUCUGAACUCUGGGGACUCUGAUUCCUCCAACAUUCUUUUGAGGUCACUAAAAGACCAGAGAUCAAAGUGUACCCUACCUCGGGGCCGGACAGAUGAAUUAUUAAAGUUAAUAAAGAUCGGCCACUUAAGAACCAACAACCCGGUCACGAGCAGUUUCCCCAUCGUCACCGAUUCAACAUGGCAGGAAUAGCUCUUCCAGUGAGACUGCCCCAGCGCAGUCUUCUGUUCACGGUGUCUGGCUCCUCGGGCCUCCACCGAGGCCCAGCGCCCACCAUUCCAUCAUGGCUACCUCGCUAGAGCAGCCCCCCCAGUCUGGCCUUUGGUUCUUCUCUGCCCGCUGCAUCUGGCCCUGCAGCCAGCCCACCUCCUCCCCACUCACAGUAGCUCGUCUAACAGGGCUGCCUCCACAGGGUGUCAGGUCCACCCGUGAUUUUGUAGUUGCCACGGCAACGCGGUAGCCUCGCUAAAGUAGCUGUUCCCCGAUGGCGGCCUCAAUGUGGUCUGUUUCAUCAGGGCUGCCUCAUCG